ACACUAGAGUAACUUUAUCGAUAUCGAUAGCUUUUGAACACUUUUCCAGGGUAUCUCUACACGGUAGCAUCUUCCUUUCUGACUGCUGCACUUUUGCAAACAGCAUAAAGUGUUUGCGCUGCAGCUUUUUUGCGCCAGUCGGUUUUUCACGCUCAGUUUUCGUUGCGCCGCCGCUGCGGCCAGUUGUUGCUGUGUGUGAAGCGAUCCCCCCUGCCGCCGACCCUGUGCGUGAUUUACCGUUUUUUCGGUUAGCUCUGGCGCGAAACUUUUAUUUUCCCGAGGGCGGAAGAAAGGGGAGCCCCGAGAGUGCGAGCGAGCGAGGGAUGUGCUGGGGCGCAAUGGCGCGCAAGGACGAUCCCGUUUUCAAUGUCCGCUUCGUGCAACUCGUGGAGACCGAGCCGUGCCUGUGGAAUUACAACCAUCCAGGAUAUAGCAAAAAGGAGGAGGUGCAGGAGGCGUGGCAGCAGGUGGCUAACGAGAGCAAGGACACAGUUCGAAACUGCCGCGAACGUUGGCGCACGAUCAGAAGCAGCUUCCUGCGUUCGCUGAAGCUAGCAGGCACACAAACGGGUCGCGGCAAGCGGAAGUACUACCUGUCAAAGUACUUGCAGUUUCUUAUUCCGUUCACCAAGUCCAGGGCCUGUCGCUUGCAACAAAACGCCAACGCUGGCGCCAGCACAGCCGGCAUGGUGCUUCGCAAGCCGGGCAGCGUCUUGAUGCCGGGACAUGAGCCACCGGGAGCGGAAAUCGAGGAUGCCGAGGAGGAGCAGACCAAAGAGAGCGUGAAGGAGGAGGAAAUGCCGCUGGAUGUGCAGGUGUCCGAGAUGGAGGAUAAGGACCUGCCACCACCACCAACCGAUCGCGCAGCACGAGCCACUCUAGCCACCUCCUGUCUCCCCGUCAACCUGCAGGCCAUCAAGGUGGAGCAGCCGCAGCCCCAAUCCCAGUCGUCCAGCCAGAAUACCGGCCAGGGCAAUCAUAAGUCGCUCGUACCCGUUCCGGCCACCACCCUGGUGCGUCGCAAUGGCUUGGAAUUUGCGGGUCUGCCGCCUUGGUUCAAGCUCGCCAACAAAAGAUUCGUCAGGCGGCCGGGAUUAGGAUACAAUUGUGGGCGAGACACUGGACCUCCAUCAGGAGUAGAAUCGGGGACAGGACCGUCCCUGUCUUUGCCUCCGCCGGAUGCCGACUACUCCUUCCUGAUCAGCCUUCAUCCGUAUCUCAAGGAGAUGAACGGCAAGCAGAACCGUCGAUUUCGCCAGAAAGUUGUUGGACUAAUCGAUAAGGUCCUGGACAAUACAGAUACUUGAUAAGGAUUCCGUGAGAGCCUGCACCGAAUACCAGAGAGAAAUACAAUCGAACUAAAAGCAGGGAUAUCAUCUGAUUUGAAAAACAACAUAUCUAGUUUGUAAUAUUUUCAACUUUAGGAUCGAAUGCAUCAAACUUACAACAAUAUUUCUCUCUCAGUGCAGGAACAACAACAUUUUUUGUAACUAAUCACACCCAGUGUAACGCCAAUAGUGCCCAUUUGCUAUAUGUGUAAAGCGUAUUUUUACUGAGCUUUUUGUUGUUGUUAAACACGAACACAAACACCAAUUUGUUACAUGUAAAAUAAAUAUAUAAAUGCGGUUGGUCGACAGAA